AUGAAAGAAACGACACAAGUCAUUCCUGUCAGAUCCAAGCACGAUGCAGAAGAUAAUACUCAAUCUAUCGAAGAUACUUCAAGCGAUAAUUUUCAACAAGAAGACGCAAGAAAGGUUGCAUUCUUUGGUUCAAUUAAAAUGUGGUUGAUUCUAAUUAUUUCUGUAAUUGUAUUAUUGACAGUUUUUAUUCUGUCAGCAAUUUGGUUGAGUAGUUUCAUUCCUUCAGUUGUUGAAUAUAGCAAGGAACUAAGAGAUUUUGAAUUUGAUAAUAUUGUUGCAUUUGUCAAACAAACAAUUAGAGAAGUAAAAAUGACAAGUGAAACUGGUAAACAUUUAAUGAUGAAAACACUUGAUUUUUCGAAUAGAGAUCAGAUAGAAGUGUUGAUUUAUCAGUUUUUGAAACAGCAGUGGACCUAUCUUAAAGGUUUAGUUGUUACAAAUCACAUUGGUGACAAUGAAGGAAGAAGUUCAACUCCAGACAUUCAAUUAGGAUUUUUUGAUUUGACAAUUUUGAUUAAUGCUGGAAAUGCACAUCCAGGAAAACCAACCAUCACUAAUAGUUUCAUAGAUGCAUCACAACCACAGUAUACUUUCAUUACAAUGGUUAAUUCUAUUGAGUUACCUCAACCAGAUUUGAAAGGAAACAAAUUUAAAUAUUACUUAGGAACAGAUUUGUCUGCUGAGACUAUUUCUCAAUAUUUGGCACAUGUAACGUUGAAAUUGAGUGGUUCUAAGAGUUUUAUUAUUGAAAUGGCAACUCAAUACAUUAUUGCAAAUGACAAUUCUAAUGCAAGGGUGGCAGUUGUUAAUUCAGAUGGAUCUGUCACAAGACAAACCUAUCUCAAAAUUGAUAAUGAUGAAAGAGUUUCGUCAAUCGCCAAGGUAUUGGCUUCGGAAUUGGGAACAGAAUUGGAUACUAUUGGAUGUGGAAACAAAUCAUUAAUUACAUCUGCAACUGAUUACAUUUCAGUUUAUAGAUUAUGCACAGAUACUGAUGUUGAUUGGUUGUUUGUGUUGGCAGUUCCUCAAUGGAAUUAUAUUAGUUCAAUUGUUAUUGCUGUUGUUUGUGCUACUCUUGGCGCAUGUAUUAUAAUUUCUGCAGGUGUUAUAACAUCUGUCAUUAUUUCAGUCAAAUUAGUGAAACCAUUUUACAACUUGAUUGAUUUAUUCGAAAGUGUUUCUCAUAUGGAUUUGGAUAAUUUAGUAAUUAAUGAUUCCAAAUUUACAGAAGUUAAACAUUUACAAAAUCAUUUCAAAACCAUGACAGACAGAAUCAAACUUUACAGAGCUUUCAUUCCAUCGCAUUUACUUUCUCAAUUAGAUCAAGGAGGAGAUCAAGUUGACGCCAAAAAGAAAGCUCAUGAAAACGAUUCCAUUUCUAUGGCUUCCUCUCAUAAAUCCUCUCAGAGAUCUUCGAGAUUAGACUCCAAACAAUCUAGCUUGAGUAGAAGUCAUGCCUCUAGUUCACAUCGAAGAUAUUCGAAUGAUUUGGAUAUUUUCUCACUUCAUUUGGAUCGAAAGAAAUUAUCCAUUGUUGCAAUUCAUAUUGAAGGGUUGAAUAGAUUAUUCUCUGAAAUAUCAGCAGGAGACUGUGUUGAUUUGUUGAAAGAUUUCUUUGAUCAUUUGGGAUUAGUUUGUCGAACAAGUAAUGGUUAUUUGGGAAAUUUUGAAAAUGAUUUAAUUUCAAUUUCAUUCAAUGCAAGUUCAAAUCAAUCGAAACAUUCAGAAAAAGCAGCUGCUGCAUGUGUUCAAUUAAUGGAAAAGUUGAACACAACCAAAUCAAAGAAAUGGCCAAAUCAAUUUAAAAAGAAACCUCACUUGAUUGAAAUUGUUACAUUCAGAUUUGCAAUUUGUGUUCAAGAAUCAUUAUGUGGAAAUUUAGGAUCGAAUGAUUUUAAGAAUUUCACAGUUAUUUCAAGUGCCAAAUUCAAUUUGGAAUCCAUGUUGGAUGUUGCAUCAAAAUUGAAUUUGAAUAUUGUAUUAUCUGAUAGAGUAUUUGCAAAUUUAGAGGAACAUUAUCAAAUGAGAUAUGUUUAUACGAAAGAAUUAAUUCCAGAUUCACAUUAUUCAUCUCCAUUUAUUCAACACAAAGAAAAUGAAAGAGCACAAAUUGAACCAACACAUAUUUAUGAAUUGGGUGAAAGCUUAAAUGUUGGAAUGGAUGAAUGGAUGUAUGAAUUACAAGAAAAGGAAAAGAAAGCAAAAUGGACCAAAUACAAUCAAGCUUGCAAACUCUUCUUCUCAAAUCAAUUCGAAGAAGCUAGAGAAUUAUUCCGAGAAUUUCAUGAACAAAACAAUGAUGUGGCAGCUGAAUUGAUGAUUAAAAAAUGUUCAACUACAACACCUAUUAGUGAAUUGUAG